CUGCCUCUGACAAUGCACCAUUCAAGUGCUGCCGAGUGCCUCGCAGGAUCCAACCACGCUGGAUCUCUGGCCAAUACAUCCGCCGGACGUCAUUACUCCAUGCCACCUUGUCAUUAUGGGAACCAACAAUCCCCUUAUGGGGUAAGACAGGUGGCCUUUGCUCCUUGUCUGUAUAAGCUGCCCGACCAUACGCUGAGCACCUCUUCGUGUAACCUGGGCCAUGGAUUUACUCCCCUACAUCAGCCAGUCCUAUGCGAAGAAUCCAUUGCAGUUGACUUCAAACAGGAGUUCCGAAAGAAGAAUAAAACCGCCGAGGACCCCGUUGCUGUGGAUUCGCCAGAAAUCAAAGACCUGGAGAUGUUUGCAAAUCAAUUUAAGUUAAGAGAAUAAAUUAAAAUGGGUUACACCCAGACAAAUGUUGGAGAGGCUCUUGCUGCAGUGCACGGCUCAGAAUUUAGCCAAACAACAAUUUGUCGCUUUGAAAAUUUACAGUUAAGUUUUAAAAAUGCUUGCAAACUUAAAUCAAUCCUUUCCAAAUGGUUAGAUGAAGCAGAACAAAACAGGAGGUAUGAAACAAAUGAAAGGAAAAGAAAGCGAAGAACUACAAUCAGCAUGCUAGCGAAAGAAACACUGGAGACACAUUUUGGACAUCAAAGUAAACCAUCCUCACAGGAGAUCAUGCAAAUGGCAGAAAGUCUAAACCUGGAGAAAGAAGUCAUAAGAGUCUGGUUCUGUAACCGCCGGCAAAGGGAGAAACGUAAAACAAACCUGCACUACAAUUCAUUUUGUUUUUCCUUCAAAGAACACCUUGAUUGUAGAUAG